AUGACUGAAAAAAUAGAUAGAAAAGAAUCGGAUACUGGUAGCAUUUUAAAAAAGGAUAAUGAUUCAUUUGAAUCUUGUAGUGGUGUUGCUGGACAAGAAUGUGUAGUUAAUAAGCAAUGCGAUAGUGUUUUUGAAAACAUAGAUCCUGUUUAUAAGAAUGGAUUCCAUCCAUCUCGUUGGGAGCUGCUCAAUGUUUUCUUUAGUGACUUUUGGAAGUAUGGAUUUGGCAAACUAUCGCAUAUCUAUACCCAUAUGUAUCCCAAUGAAUUCGCAGAGUAUUGCCAAUUCUACAUAUUGUAUCUUGCUGAGAUGCAUCCCGUCGAUGGUUGGGUUAUCGGUGGCGAUGAAAUCAGUACAUGUUACAAACAACCAAAAACAAUGAAAGAAAGAUUAAAUAUAGUUAAAGCAUUACAAGAGUAUAGUCCUGUUACCAUUCCCUAUCUAGUUGAUUUAAUUGACAAUGGUUUCAAUGCAAAAUAUGAUGCUAUUCCAGAACGUCUUUUUGUAUUAGAGAAUAAGAAAUUCUCUUAUGUUGGUGGUCCAGGUCCUUUUAAAUUUAUUCCAGAAGAACUUAAGGAGUAUUUAACAAAGAGAUUUAAAGCAUCUGCUCUACCAUCAACAAACUAG